AUGUCUUCCCGUCCUUCAGUCGUCGGCCCAGACUCGGGCCCUGAGGCCCCUUACCCGCUUCACAUGGAAGGCAAAGUGAUUUCUGGUUUCGGCCGCGGUUCCAAAGAGCUCGGUAUCCCAACUGCCAACCUCCCUGUGGACGAGGCUCUCACACCAUGGAUCGCCAACAUCUCCUCUGGAGUCUACUUCGGUUAUGCCUCUCUCGCUCUGCCCACGACACACCCGGACAUCCCAUCGGCUUCAUCCAAAAAACCUCCCAAGGCUGACACAGAGGAUGCUCUCCUCGCUGCCGGAGCCCCUGCUAAUCCUCCUUUCCACAUUUUCCCAAUGGUUAUGUCCAUCGGAUACAACCCCUUCUACAAGAACACAGUUCGCAGCGCAGAGGUUCAUGUGCUGCACAAGUUCACCGCAGACUUUUAUGACGUGCCCAUGCGUCUCCUAAUCCUCGGCUUCAUCCGUGAGGAGAAGGACUACAAGAGUCUGGAGGCUCUGAUUGAAGAUAUCAACUUUGAUUGUGAGGUUGCAAAGAACAGUCUUGCCCGAGAGGCCUGGGCUCCCGCAAAGGGACGUGUUAUUGGCGGUAAAGACCUUGAGGGCAAAUUAGAUGUCCAGUGGUUACUUCGAGAUGCCUAA